GCCAGGCCCCGCCCCGCUCGCCCGGCGUCGCGGAGCGGCGGAGUCAAGAUGGAGGAGUACGCGCGCGAGCCUUGCCCCUGGCGCAUUGUGGACGACUGUGGUGGGGCCUUUACGAUGGGAACCAUAGGUGGCGGGAUCUUUCAAGCAAUCAAAGGUUUUCGCAAUUCUCCGGUGGGAGUAAACCACAGACUACGAGGGAGUCUGACAGCCGUUAGAACCAGGGCCCCACAGCUGGGAGGUAGCUUUGCAGUUUGGGGAGGUCUGUUUUCCAUGAUUGACUGCAGUAUGGUUCAAGUCAGAGGGAAAGAAGAUCCCUGGAACUCCAUCACGAGUGGUGCCUUAACAGGAGCCAUCCUGGCAGCAAGAAACGGACCAGUGGCCAUGGUUGGGUCAGCCGCGAUGGGUGGCAUUCUGCUAGCUCUCAUUGAAGGAGCUGGUAUCUUGUUGACAAGAUUUGCCUCUGCCCAGUUUCCCAACGGUCCUCCGUUUGCUGAAGACCCCUCCCAGUUGCCUUCGGCCCAGUUACCAUCCUCACCUUUCGGGGACUAUCAACAAUACCAGUAGGACCUCUCUCCCAGGACUUCUGUAACAGAAUGAGCUGCGGUUCAAGGAAGGAUUUCAGAAGGUCAAAUUCAGUCUGUUUUUAAAACUGUAGGUGGGACAACUAUGGCCAAAUAGGCUGUGAAGAGACAUUUAGAACAUUUUUCUAUUUAAAGGAACGUGGGGGGCGGGGGAGGGUCUUAAAAGAUAAUACAUUUAUUUAUUCACACUUGGAUUGCGUUUGUGAUCAAAAUAAAUGUCUGAAAUCUUUAGAAGGAAAAACAGUAAGUGCUUGGAAGAUGAAGGACCAGUGGCAAACAGCAAUGAAGCAUGACCAUCAUUUCCUCGGGGACCUCUCUGCCUGGUUUUGUUCUGUUAAACAAUAAAAAACGCCAGGAGAUUGCUCUUUCUAUUAAGAUAAGUUGCAGAGUUCUACUUUUCAUCCUUGAAUUCAAAUAAUGCAGAGUCCACUGAAAGUUGCACGUGGUGCAGUCACCAAGGAUUGGUCCACAGCAAACACUUCUGGGCUGGAAGGCUGCGGGAAAGUGCUUAGCCUUCUCCUUGCAAGUAAAAAAAUAUGCCACGUCUUGAUUUUGAGGGUGUCGGAUACAAAACUCUCUUCACCUCUGAAGCUACUGUGUCUUGAUUCUUAAUCAUCAGAAAAACUUCCUUCUGGUAUACCCAGUUCUGUAUGAGAAGGUUCCUGGAGGGCAUAAUAGCCCUGGAAAAGUUUGGCGUUUAUGGUAUGCUGGAAAGUAAAAUACAUGCUGUUUUUAAUGUGUUGCAAGUCCCCUGAAGCUGAUCUUUGUCGAGGGUGUGUUUUGGGGUCUGGCCGGGCCUGGAAAAUGGAUUAGCAUUUCAGAAUAGGCCAUUUUACUGGCUGUGGUGGAGAUGCCAUGCGGCCUUACAGGAGGCAGGCUGUUACUCCCCAUUUGCCUGCCUCUGUGUGAAAUGGAGAGCAAAUCCGUGUGGGUGUGGUGAGCACACGCAUAUUUUGGCCCAGUGCCACGUACGUAGUAAGCAUUUAAUUUACUAAUGCUGGUUCGAUCUUUGGUAAAAUAUACAGGAAAUCAUAUCAUUUUAACCAUUUGUAAGUGUACAGUUCAGUGGAAUUUAAAUUAGUGUAACAGUCACCAUUGUGUAUCCCAAAACUUCCUCAUCAUCACCAACAGAAACUCCCCAUCCCGCCUUCCCCCAGCUCCUGGUAACCACAGGUCUACUUGCUGUCUCUGAGUUUGCCUAUUCUGGGUACCUUGUAUAAGUGGAACCGUAUGAUGUUCGUCCUUCUGGGUCGCUCUUUCUUCCUGGAGCAUCAUGUUUUAAGGUCCGUCUGUGGUGUAGCAUAAACCAACACUUCGUGCCUUUCGAUGGCGGAGUAAUAUUGCAUGGUAUGCAGAGAUCACAUUUUAUUUCUCCAUUCAUCCAUUGAUGGACACUUGGGCUGUUUACACCGUGUGACUCUUGUGAAUAACAUGGGCAUACAAAUAUCUGAGUCCCUGCUUUCCGUUCCUUUGGGUGUAGACCUAGGAGUGGCGUUGCUGGGGCAUGUGGUAGUUCUAUGUUUAACUUUUGGAAGAAGCACCAAACUUUUCCACAGCGCUGCACCAUUUGACAUUUCCACCAGCAGUGCACGAAGGUUCCCAUUUUUCCACAUCCUUGCCAACACUUUUAUUUUCCUUUAAAUAAAUACAUUAUAGCCAGUCUA